AUGGUUCGAACGCCUCAAAUCUCAGCAACUUUAGGAGUACGCAGCGGUUACACAAGCUCGUGGCGCCGAGGGCCAGACGUUCCAACACAAGAACCUCUCGAAUUGCCCGAACCUGCCCUCAAUCUCAUCAACCAUUCUCCAGAUAGCCUUGGGCCAUCGACCCCGGUGGCCGUUCGGGCCUCGCCCCACGCUCCCUUUAUAAACCAUCGCAAAUCCUCGAUCCCUGACGAGAUGAGCGAGGUUUGCGGCGGCUUCGAGCCACAAAACUAUUUGAAAGAUCGCUGUAAAAAGUGCUUCCGGUUGAAGUCCAAACACGAAGAACCACCUCCACCUACUUUAAUAAAAAAGGAGCGCCGGAAGUCGUGGAAAGAACGGAACGCCGCUGAUAAUGGCGCCCCAGAGCAAGAUGCCUCCACCGUCACCGAUGACCCUUCAGAAAUACUAUCGGUAUCUUCCUAUAUGUCGGCCACUUCAAAGGGAAUGUCCUCGGCCAAAUCAUUGGAUAGUGUAAGCAAUGGGGAUACGAGAAGCAUGGUAACGGCUGUCAGCGGCUCCGCUGAUGAAGAUAAUCGGUGCCCAACUCCGACGGAGGAUAUGAAUUCAUUAUCCUUAACCACGAAAGAAGAAAUGGCAAGGUUGAAGGAGGAGAACAAGAAAUUAAAGGACGAACGUGAGAGGUGGACGUUAAGGCAAAAUGCUAAGGUUGGCGCUGAGAAUGACCAAACGUUAGUCCAAAUGCUGGAAGAACGCUUAAAUGAAGCAGAAGCUUGUAUUCAAGACUACAGAGAUGAGAAUACCGUUCUAAAAUGUGAAUUGCGGGAACUACAGGAAUCCGGCCCAAAUGUCGAUUCAAAACUUUCGGAAAAGAUUAAAACAACGGAAGGCCUCUGCGACGAGUUAAUGGAAGAAAACGAGCAGCUAAAAGCGGAAGUUCGGGAUUUGCAAAAUGAAAUUGAAGAGAUGCAGGACCAAUAUCGGGAAGAAGAGAUUGAAGAAUUCCGUGAGCUCCAGAGGGAACUCGAGCAAAAUGCUAAAAAUUGUCGUGUCCUUCAAUUUAAACUCCGGAAGAGCGAGCGUCAAAAGGAUGUCGCCGAAACUGAAAGGGGGCAAUUUGAGUCGAAAUUGAAGGCAUAUUCGACCGAAGGGGAUUACGGGAAAACGCCCAGCGAAAAUGCAAGGAUCCGCGAGCUCGAAUCUGACCUCCGAAUCGCUAAGGAAGUCUCGGUCCGGCUGCAUACCGAGCUUGAACAAAGCGAAGAUAAACGCUAUAAACUGGAGGAUGAAGUGUUCUAUAUGAAGGAAAAGGUCCGCGAGCUUCAGACGCAGAACAAGUGGCGUGAGAACCGGAAUCGAGCAGAUAACGCCGUGAAACGGCUAUCGGCUGAGUUGGCAGCUGCAGCUCCGACCUUACCGCCGGGACAUACUGGUGAUACAAAUAAGGAAUUGCGGGAUGCGCUGGAGCGUGAAAUUGAUCUCCGAGAGCAAUUGAAGUUUACGGAAGAAGACCUAAAACGCACCCAACUUCGGCUACAGGACGUCGAAAACGAGAAUGAAGGCCUGCUAAAGAAGCUGCAGAAAAUGAGCUCGAAGCGACCGCCGAUGGUCCGCUCGGCCAGCGAGGGCAACGCCCAGAUCCAGCUCGAGCUGGCGGAGCACGAGGUCCAAUCCCUGACCUCGAAAGUCGAGAGACUAGAGCGUACCAACGACAUGCUCACGAAAAAAAUUGUCGAGUUGGAGCUCGGCUAUGCAAAGCGCACUCAAGGGCUAGAAGUCCCCUCUGGCAGCUCGGAGCUCGCCCAAUUCCAAACGGCCAUCACCCCAGAAAUCGAGAGAGACAUGUCCAAUAUGCUGGCGACGAUUGGGGACCUAGAGAGGAAAAACCUCGAGCUCAAUAUGCAGUUGAAGAAAGAAGAGGGAUCGAAAUUGACGUCUAGCCCCUCCAUACCUCAACCAACACAAGCUGAAUUACGGGAUGAAAAAGAUAAAAGCAAAAAAUUGGAGGCUGAAGUGAUGGAGCUCAAGCAAAUAUUGCUCAAGAGUGACGAUCAACGAUUAAUUGCUAUGGCCACUAGAGUUGAACUUCUCAAUAAUCGUCUUACUAUGGCUAACGAGCGCUGCAAUGUAAUGCAUCAGAAAUGCGUACGAGCUGGGGAUAAGUAUUCGGAAGAGAUGAAGAAACGUGUGGAUUCCCUUGAAAAUCAAAUCAGCGAAUUAGUGGCCAAACAAACCAUUGAAACGCUACAAAACAAAGCGCCCACUAUUGAUGAGAUAGAACAAUGUUGCGAAGUUUUGGCAUCGGUUGAGGCUCAAACUUCCAGAAUUUGCAAGCAAAUCGAAAAGCUUGAAAAUGCGCAAAAGGAUGAGAGAAGGCGCUCACUUUCCAAGGAUUCUUCUGCUACUAUUAUUGCCGAGCUGGCCAAUUUGAUGGGCGAGCUGAAGAGUGUACAUAAAUUAUUGGAUAACAGCAAGCUUUCGAAUCCGAACUAUCUUCGACGAUCCCCAGCCCGGGAAGCUUCGUCAACACCGAAAGCCGAGUGUGGCCGAUGCAAGGAGAAUGAGAAAUACGUCGAGGAGCAGCAAGAGGAGAUAAACUUCUACAAAAAGAAAAACAAGGAUUUGACGGAACAAGUGCUCCAGACGGAAGAUAGAUGGACGAUUGAAAUCGAAAAGCAGCGCCAAAUCUUUGAAAAUGAGAUUAAAUCCCUGAAUGUCCGCCUCGCGGAUGCAAAACGAACAGUAGAUGAACAAACUCAACUUCUUGAUGUCAAAUCAUCGACCCUCAUCGAAAAGAACAAAGCAAUGGAAGAACUCGGCGAGAAAGGCCACGAAACUGAAAAGAAGUCGGUGAAAGAGUACGAGAUCAAGCACAACAAACUGGAGUCCAUCUUCGAGUUAGAGAGGGAGAAAAUGAAUACCGAGCGUCAGAGGGCGAAAAAUGAGAUUGUGGCCCUGAAGAAGAUUGGGGAGGACGCAGAGUUUGAAUUGAAAAAAAUCACGGAAGACUUGAAAAAGAAGGAGCAAGGUUGGAGAAACGAAAAGGCUGCCCUGGAGCGAGAACACGUGUUGCUGAAAAAGCAAUUGCAGGCCGUUCGAAAUGGAGAGGGUAGCAUUCAUGAGGAACCGAAAUCAGCUGGAUCAAGUGGAAAGGAAGAUUCCGACGCGGCAAAACUUGCCAGGCGCGAAAGCGAUAAGAUCCACUUGAUCGAUCUUCGAAAGGAAAUCGCUCUGCUCGAAAAGAAGAUCGCCGACCAGUCUGCUCUUAUUGAAGAUCUAAAAAUGGCAAACGUUGAUUUGAAGAACGAGCUGGAAAAGACCAAGACAGGCUGGAAUAGGGAUAAGGAAACAUUCCAGCAUAAGGCUAGGCAGACGGAAAAGAUCCGCACCGUCGAAAUGGACGCUCUGCAACAAAAGUUCUCUAGCCGUAUGAGAAUCAUGGAAGACACCAACAAAUCCUUACAUACCCAGUUGGUUUUGGCUCGACGAGAACGUGAUGGCCACAAAGAAUCGAUGAACAGCUUUGAGAGGAAGUUGCUCGAAGAGAAGAAGCUCACCGAGAGGAUCGACAAAGAAUUUAAUGACGCCAAGAACAGAAAUAAGGAGAUUCAAAAGCGCCUGGCUGACGUGGAGGCCGAGCUCGAGAGGGUCAAUACGGAUCUCAGAUUGACGAAAGAAGCAAGAAAAGCUGAUCAAAUUCUUUGGAAUAUUGAGAGAUCGAAGGGCAAGAAUGAGAAGAUUAGCCAGCAAGAGCAGAAGAAUGCCGAGAGGGUCCAUAUCCAAUACCAAGAAUAUGAACAAUUCUAUUCCAAGGAGGUGGAGAGGUUGAAUGAGAGGAUUCGAGAACUUACCAAAGAAUCAAACGGCCGGCAGGGCGAGAUGAGCAGGGUCAUCAAGGACUUGAAAGAAACCAUCCGAGUCCUUGAAAUCGAGCAGCGAAACCUGCAGCAAAACAAGGAUAACCAGACCACACAGCGAGAGAUGCUAGAAGCCGAAGCCGAACGCUUGCAGCAAGCCGUUCAUUUGUCGGAGCUUCAGAAGUUGACCAGAAAAUACAGGCUUUCUUCUAUUAUUGAUCAGCUUCAAUACGUCACAGACCCGCUUCGUCGCGCUGGUAGACUCGAGCUCGACCACCCGGAUUCAAUCAAAUAUAUUAUCUCGCAAAUGGUAGCGAUUCGGGAUGAAGACAGUCAAAAUUGUUUUAAUGGUGACGAUAGAUGCCCAUCAACGCAGCCUUCAAUUUCUGGUUAUCGUGGUGGAGAGGCUUCAAUAAGUGAGGCCGGUCCGGAAUACGAUAACGUCUCCCAAAGCAGCUUCUCCAUCCGUUCUGCCACCAGCAUACCAGUCAGGGGCACCGUGAAAUGGUCAACUGGCGGCAGUUCAUCGUUGUCUGGUGGUGGCGUAAACGUGUUCCCAAAGCGAUCCUUCAGUGUCGAGAACACGGCCAUGAACUCGGCGUUCGAUCGGCUCGUCGAUAACCACUCCAGAUCCCCUCAAAAGCGCCAUGGAAACUAUCCUGACCCGCCACCAAACUUCAUCCUAAACAAGAACAUCGGUGUGGAAUAUGAUAAAGACGGUCGGAUCCACUAUGUCCCAAAGGCAUUCCCAAGAUCAACCUCUUUCGAUCGAGCCGAACAACUCGACGAUGACAUCCCAGACUCAGAACGCAAAACGAGCACUGAGUCCGCGGAAUCGUCGAAACCCGGUACGAACAUCCUCUACCAAGUGCGACGUGAAGAACUGGCCCGUGGUGGUCAACCUUCAGUGAGAUUGAUGGCUAGGGCAUUCGAUUCUAUCGAUAUGAAGCAACCACCAGGAGCUGAGACCAAGAAGGGGUUCUUUGGCAUCAGAAAAUCUCGUUCAGUUGAGACCACAAAUGGCCCUAAUGGGAAACCGUCGUCCUCUAAACAACCAGCUCCCCUGAAGCACAACCAAAGCCUCAGCCAAAUCGAAGAUCAUCAACAUAGCCCUUAUGGAACCUUGCCAAGAGGCGGACGAAACCCAUUUAAGAACAUGGGCUCAAAAUUGGUGGAACGGGUUCGACGCUCCCUAUCAAGGUCGAGCCGUGGGCCCGAGUCCCGCCGCGAAAGCGAUGAUAUGGGCAGAAAUGAAGCAGGCGAUGCCAUCCCCGUUCAAGUGCUCAAACCACCGAAAAAAGAGAUUGGAAAGCCAGCAUCACCAAAGAAAACGAAAAAGAAAUCCGCUGAAGCCAAGGAGACGAAAGCUAAAAAAGUAUCCCUGGAACAAGUGAUGAAUGGAACUCAA